AUGAACUGGAGGUGCCAGCCGCGCCUGCCGUAUGCUGCAAUGGCCGUGGUGGGCAGGCAGCCUGUACCUGCGCCGAGAUGGAGGCACUUGGGAAAUGGGGGAAAGAUCGUGAGUCAGAAGGAAGCUCGGGUGGGUGAAGAAGCAGAGAUGGAGGAGGGUGAAGUGAGAGACACGGGAAAGACAGGUGAG